AUGACGACUGAAACGAUCCUAAUAAAAGGACGUCACGUAGCUCUAUUAAAUGCAGACGACGUCCCCGUCAUCGACGCAAAUGGAAAUUUGCUUGUCAGAGAUUUAAAAGAUAAUAACAUCUUUACAUUGCCGUUAUGUGAAGACGUAAUGGCAUUUUUCAAUCUUUCAAUCAUGGAAAUCCCUGCUAUCGAACCAAGCAUAAGCGAUGUAGAAUUGAUGGAUACAUCAACAGGGGCUUUUCUAUUAGAAGUCGAACCGAAAAGCGAUACAAGAUCAGUGACACCGUUAACAGAUUCAUCGGGAGCUUUACUCACAAGUGAUAGAACGAAGACCGCUCCAAAAUUGGUGGCAGCAUCAACGACUUCAUCGGGUGCUUCAUGGAAAGAUGACAAUGAAGUACGAUGCCUCAUUCAUCUAUGGCAUGAGCACCUUGCAGCUUUCAAAAAUAAAAAAAGUCGAGAGGUAUGGGCUUCGGUUGCUCAAAAAUUAUCUGAGACCCAACCUGAAUGGCGAAAAAAAACUGGAGUUCAAUGUGAAAAUAAAAUUAAAGACAUCAAAAGAAAAUAUACGGAAACAAAAGAUCAUAAUAACAAAUCUGGAAACGAUCCGAAGUCGUGUAAAUUUUACGAAGAGCUCGAUGAAAUUUUGAGUGAAAAACCAAAUAUUACGCCCGUUGCUCUCGCAUCAAACCUCCAAAAACGAAAAAUAUCAGAUUUCGAAGACAGUAAUGAUGGAUCAGAGUGUUCUACUGCUUCUACUCAAGAAAAGAAGCCACCAGGAAAAAAAAAAAAAAUAGAUCAACAAUUGAAGGAUUGGUCCGCUGCUCUUCUUGAGGAUGUUCGAACGAGAGAAGCAGCCAAGGAACAACGUCAUCAAGAAAUGCUCGCUGCGAUAAAGGCUUCAAGCGAAACUUACAGAGAGAUGAUGUCAAAAUUAAUCGAUAAACUGUGA